AUGAUUUACACCAGCAGUGUCGCGCUCCUCGGCGUCGUCAGUCUCGCCAAUGCACAUGGCUAUCUGACCAUUCCCAAGAGCCGGGUCCGUCUUGGAUUUGAGGCGGGCACCGACACAUGCCCCGAAUGCACCAUUCAGGAACCAGUCUCGCCAUGGCCAGAUUUGGACGCGGCUCUCGUUGGCAGAAACGGCCCAUGUGGGUACAAUGCCCGCGUGAGCGUCGACUACAAUCAACCUGGUAAGGCCUGGGGCAACGAGCCGGUGGCUACUUACCAAGCGGGUGACGUGAUUGACGUGCAGUGGUGUGUCGACAACAACGGCGACCACGGAGGCAUGUUUUCCUACCGCAUCUGCCAGGACCAGGCUCUUGUGGACAAGUUCCUGACUCCCGGGUACCUGCCCACGGAUGCCGAGAAGCAGGCGGCCGAGGACUGCUUCGAGAACGGUGUGCUCGACUGUACCGACGUGUCCGGUCAGACGUGUGGCUUCAACCCAGACUGCCAGCAGGGACAGCCUUGCUGGAGAAAUGACUGGUUCACCUGCAAUGCCUUCCAGGCCGAUUCAAGACGAGGUUGCCAAGGAGUUGACGGUGCUGCCCUUGGCUCAUGCAAGACCACCAUUGCUGGUGGCUACACGGUCACGAAGAAGAUCAAGAUUCCCAACUACGUCUCCAACCACACGCUGCUGUCCUUCCGGUGGAACAGCUUCCAGACGGCCCAGAUCUAUGUCAACUGCGCCGAUAUCCGCAUCACAGCAGGGAGCGGCGGCUCACCCAGCCCACCCGCCGCCUCAUCCUCGACAGCAGCCACAAGCGCAACUCCCACAAUCAGCAAGUCAGCCACGACGGCCAGCCCGAGCUGCACACCCGUCUCGACCGUUUCCGUCACCUUUAACGAUCUCGUGACGACCAGUGUCGGCCAGACCAUCAAGAUUGUCGGCUCGAUCCCGCAGCUGGGCAACUGGGACCCGAGCGCGGCGCCCUCGCUGUCGGCGUCCCAGUACACGAACAGCAAUCCAAAGUGGAGCGCGACAGUCAGUCUGCCAGCCGGGACCACGUUUCAGUACAAGUUUGUCAAUGUCGCAUCGAAUGGCGCGGUGACGUGGGAGAGCGACCCGAAUAGGUCGUAUACCGUCCCCACAGGAUGCAGCAGUACUGCAGUCGUGGAUGCAAAGUGGAAGUAG